UAAGUAACGUUUAUUAAAUUAAAGAAAAAAUAAGAAAGUAGAGAAAAGAGAAGCGCGCCACCAUGGUAUGUUCUAUUGAUGAUAUCGCCGACGAACUUCCCCCUGAACAAAUUGCUGUCCUUCGCAAAGCGUUCGACAGUUUCGACAGGGAGAAGAGUGGCAGCAUUCCCACCGACAUGGUGGCUGACAUUCUUAGAUUGAUGGGUCAACCUUUCAACAAGAAGAUUCUGGAUGAACUAAUUGAAGAAGUAGACGCUGACAAAUCUGGACGCCUUGAAUUCGAGGAGUUCGUUACGUUGGCCGCUAAAUUCAUCGUUGAAGAGGAUGCCGAGGCGUUGGAGAAAGAGCUUCGGGAAGCUUUCAGGCUCUACGAUAAAGAAGGAAAUGGCUACAUACCCACUACGUGCUUGCGUGAAAUCCUGAGGGAACUGGACGACCAGUUGACUGAUGAGGAACUGGAUUUCAUGAUCGAGGAGAUCGACUCUGAUGGAUCUGGCACUGUUGACUUUGAUGAAUUCAUGGAGAUGAUGACCGGAGAAUAAACCCAAAUGUGCCAGUGUUUCGCUCGACUCAAAGACAAUAUGUGCGACGGUCACAUCUUUCAACUAAUUUUUUCUGCGUGUCUUCUAAAGUAAAAUCAAAAAAAGCAAUGCACCAGAACGGAGUGUAUAAAACGUACAGAAAGUCCGUCACUUAACAUGACGCGUCUUUGACAGUUUGUUCAGGGGCAAACUCGUCGAAUCUUGAAAUGGCUUCAGCGUCACAACGAUCGCCUCACAGCAGAUUAUUUUCCUGUCUCUUUCAUAAAAGAGUGUCACAAAUUAAUUGCAAUCUUGUACACAAGUCGUAAUUGUUGUAAUCACAUUAAUUGUAAAAAAUAACGAGUCAUGCGUUCCGUACAUGUAUUUGCAUCACGCCUGCUAAGUUUUUCAUGGACAGUAUUUAUUUGUUAUUAAUAAAACACCACCGAAAAUA